CGCGCGCGGCGACCUGGAGCAGCCCACCUAGACCCGCUCUAGAGACCUGGGGGGCGGGGAGGCCAGCCGUCCAGGCCCGGGGGGAGGGGCCCGGGGAGCGUCCUGCCGGUCCCCGGAGGCUGCAGCGUGGGGAAGGGUGCGUGCAAGGGAAGCGGGGCGGGGCCCCGCCGAGGCUGGUCGGCGACACCCGCACUUCCAGCAGGAAGGGCGGGGAGCCGGAAGCUGUCGGAUGUUUUAGGGGCAAGAGCAUGAAGCCGCCAAGAGAUGAGAGCCUGCUGGCAUUGAGGCCUGGCGAGCUCUGCGUGCCAGGCUCAGCAAUCUCAUACCAUCCGCGUAAUUGGGGGAGCCAAAUACAGAAUCUGCGAUUUAAAACAUCGCUCCCCUAAGGAUGCAUUAGGUAGGGUCGAGAAAUUACCACCCGCUCCUGGCCCCCAGCUGUCCCUGGACUCCCACUGACUGGUCAGUAGCCCCUUUCCUCAGCACCCAACCAGCGAUGGGAGAAUGUAGAAUGCAGGCUAGGACUAAAACAGUCCAUCAGACAGUGUUAAGACCUGACUCCACUUGUUUAGAAGAAAAUGCAGUCGGCACCACAAGCCGGUGGUAAACUUUUUAUAAAAACCCUAAAACUGAAUCUGGAGCUGGACCAGUUGGUGGGAAAGACUGGGAUGGUUGAGGCUGCUGUAAAUUUAGGGAAACAAGAUCUUGAAUGCAGAUUCGGUUCUGAAGGCUGGGAACAGGGCAAAAUCUUCUGUGGUCAAAACAACCCUUGAAAAUCUCAGAAAGACACCGUCUGUGUCUCCUUCACUGUUGGACACAUUCUCCAGUAUUACACCUCGAGCUCACUUGAAUUUAGGGCUUGUUUGAAGUGAAAAUAGCGUCUCACUUAACAUGGGGCACACUUACCUCCGCGUUCUUGCCAAGAGACAAGAGCUGAGACCCGCCCACAGUCCUUUCCUCAGGACUUUCCUCUCCCCAGCUCACCUUCGACUCCAGGUCAUAACUUCGCAGAAUGAGAGGCGUAAAGAAUAGUCUUCACUGUCUGAAUUCUCACUCCUCCCCUCUCGGUCUUGGGUGGGUGAGUGGGGGCUUGAGGGUAGUGUAUGGUUCGAUAUCCUUAAGUAAGAUGCAUGACUUAUGCAACUUCUCCCUGUCAGUGUUUGAGGAAAGCUGGUCGUCAUCAAUUACGUUUUACUGGUUUUCACUGUCUUCCACUCUAAGCUUGUGGUGUGGGGUGGCACUUUGAAAGAAGUUGCUAACGUCCGGGAGUUAGGAUUUGUGCUGAAUUUUAGUGUCUGAACUUUCCGGGGAUGGAAAGCAAGGGUGGAAAAAGGCACCAGGAGCAUCUUCUGUAAGCUGAAGACGAGUGAAGGAAGUGGGACUCGGAGAAGGGGUGGACGGGGGUGUGCAGCAGGUGAGGGAGGUUUCCAGAAGCCCGAGACACUCAUCAGAGGAUGUGCAUGAGGAGUAGCCAGCGAGGUGUAUUUCAGGCAGAGGGUAGACAGGACUCGUGGUUCUUAGAGAAGUGAGGAGGGCCCAGGACCCUGUAAGCCUUGUUAGCGUCGGUAGGAGUUUGGGUUUGAAAGCACUGGGGAGCUGCUGGAGGGUUUGAGCAGACUGGCAACUUUUAGAAAGAAUCCCUCCAUUUAGAGAAUAUACUGGAAGAGAUUCACUGGCAUGAGGGGUUCCACCAUUCUAGGAAAGAGUCUGCCAUGUUAAUUUGAGGCAGCCUGCUGGCUUCCCCCUCAGUCUCGUUAGCCCGAUGAGAAACAGACCUGACCAGGCCUCUUGUCCUGGGUCCUCAUCCCACGUGGGACUGUUGUGUUUGUAAGACAAGAAAAUGGGUUAGGAGGUGGGAGGGAGACCGGAAGUGGCGGGGUGUUCACUGAGGUUCAUCUGUGGGCCUUCAAGUAAGAACAAGAAACACAGGAAGCAGCCCCAGGCCCCCAGCCCCAGACACUAGGCCAGCCUCCUCAUCAGCCCGAGGCUGGGGCUGCCCCGUCGCUCUUGCUUCAAGAUUCCAGGUCCCUGAGCCCAAGCAUCUGACUGGUCCAGCCUGGAUUCAGUGCACUUCAGCUGUGGCUAGGGGGCUGGAGGGGGCCCCUUAUUAGUACUGUGUCUCCUGGGCUUGUCUUGACUUUGCACUGGAACAGAAACCUAAAAAACCAGGUUUCUGCUUUGAGACUUUGUUCAAUAUUUUACUUGUUGAUGCUUAAUAGGUGUGUUUUUAAGAAGCAGAGUAAAUACUAGAAGAAACUGCAGCGGGCAGACAGCGUGUCACAAGGUUUGCCCUCUCGUAUAGCAGAUUUCACUCUUGCUCCCAGAAGUUACAGGCUCAUUGAAGGAAGCUUUUUGAAAAGCAACUUAUUUCAGACUAAACAUCCCUUCAUUUUGACUCCUAACAUCCAUCGGUUUAGUUUUUCUGCUCCUGGGUCAACAGAAGUCCGGAGCGGUGGCGUCUCCGUGACGGGGUCUGCUGUCGCUGAUGGCAUGGUGUUCGGCCACGGCCCAGGGAGGGAGGAGCCAUGGGUGGUGGCCUUGCUCUCCCACGAGACAUCUGGACUUCUCUGCUCCCUGGGGAUGUUCCUCCAGCCCCAGGGCAACCCGUCACAGCUCAGGGCAGCAUUUACAGCUCCCGUGGCCGGGUCCCCCAACACCAGGUUGCCGACGCCCUGCCCUCGGUUUAGGGAGAUCCAGGACGAGGAACUGCAGCAGUUUUGUUCCCGGGUCAUUAAGCGGCUGCAGAAGGAUGAGCCGGGGCCCGACGCGGUGGACGCCCUGCAGAGGCUCUUUCUCAUCGUCUCAGCCACGAAAUACAAGAGGAAGCUGGAGAAGACGUGCACGGACCUGCUGCAGACCACGCUCUGCUCACCCAAGUGCCCCGAGCAGCUCCAGCUUCUCUGUGCCGCCAUCCUGAGAGAGAGGUCGCCCUCCGACGGCCUGAGCCUGUCCUGUGACCGCAUCCAGAGCAGCCAGCAGCUGAGCCUGGUGGCCUCGGUGCUCUUGGCGCAGGGUGACAGAAAGGAGGUCCGAAGCGUGGGCCAGCGCGCCUUCAGAGUCCUCGAGAGCCGGCAGCCCGAGGGGCCCAGUCUGAGGCAUCUGCUCCCGGUCGUGUCCAAGGUCACCCGCCUGGCCCCGCACACCCUCCAUGAAGACCAGACCAACCUGCUCAGCAAGAGGCUGGUGGACUGGCUUCGCUAUGCCAGCAUCCAGCAAGGGGUCGCACACACUUCCGGAGGCUUCUUCUCCACACCCAGAGCCCGGCAGCCGGGCCCUGUCACUGAGGUGGAUGGAGCAGUGGCCACAGAUUUCUUCACGGUGCUGUCCACGGGGCAGCACUUCACGGAGGACCAGUGGCUGAACGUGCAGGCCUUCUCCAUGCUGCGGGCCUGGCUGCUGCACAGCGGUCCCCAGGGCCCCAGCACCCCGGACGCAGAUGACAAGUCGGAGCUGGAGGGCUCCACCCUGUCCAUGCUGUCGGCCACCUCCACCGCCAGCCACCUGCUGCCCCCCCAGGAGCGGCUGAGGGAGAAGGCCUUCGAGUACUGUCAGCGCCUCGUGGAGCAAAGCACGCGGCGAGCCCUGAGGAAGGGGGAUGCGGACCUGCAGAAAGCCUGCCUGGUGGAGGCCGUGCUGGUGCUGGACGUGCUCUGCCGGCAGGACCCCUCCUUCCUGUACCGCACGCUGUCCUGCCUGAAGGCCCUGCACGUGCGGCUGUGCGGGGACACAGCCCGGGCGCGCGCGCUGCUGCCCAUCGCGCGGUUCUUCCUGAGCCACGGGGAGGCGGCCGCCGUGGACUCGGAAGCCAUCCUCCAGCACCUGUUCUCCAGGGUCCCCUGCGAGCUCUUCCACAGCCCCAUGCUGGCCUUCGAGUUCAUCUGCUUCUGCAGGGACAGCCUUCCCCUGUUCGGCAGGAACCUCGACAUUCUCAAGCAGAGCUUCCCCAACCUCUUCAAGCUCCUGGCCUGGAACAGCCCGCCCCUCACCUCGGAGUUCGUGGCGCUUCUGCCGUGGCUGGUGGACGCGGGUACGGCCGUGGAGAUGCUCCACGCACUGUUGGACCUGCCGUGUCUGACCGCGGCCUUGGAUCUGCAGCUCAGGCUGUCACCGGCUGCGUCUGACAGGCCACUGUGGGACACCUCGCUCAAGAACCCCAGCUGCCUGGAGGCCUCCCGGGACCCCCAGUUCCAGGCUCUUCUCCAGCACCUGUUGCGGGCCAAGGCUAGCGGCACCGUGAAGAGGUUGGCGCCCCUCCAUCAGCUGCUGCGGCCCAUGGCCAGCUGCGCCCGGGUGGUCCAGUGCGCCGAGGCCGUGCCCACCCUGCUCCAGGCGUUCUUCUCUGCAGUGACCCAGGUUGCUGACGGUGCCCUGACCAACCAGCUGGCGCUGCUGCUCCUAGAGAGAAGUGACUCCCUUUACCAGGUGGCCGAGUACGAGGCCCGUGUGCACAGGGUGCUGAGCUCGCAGUUCCUGGCCCUGUGCGCGCUGCACCCGUCCCUGGUGGUCGAGCUAGCGAGAGAGCUGCUGGAGUUCGUGGGCAGCGUGAGCGGCGUCCGCAGCAGAGGGGCCAUGCUCGCCUCCGUGGCCUGGGCCGUCGGCGAGUACCUGUCCGUGUCCUGGGACCGGCGGUGCACCGUGGGGCAGACCAACAGGUUCUUCGAGGCCCUGGAGGCCCUGCUGUUCGAGGUCACCCAGUCCCGCCCGUCUGCCACCCUUCCCAAGUGCCCCCCUCAGGUCAUCGCCGUGCUUAUGACCACACUGACCAAGCUGGCCUCCCGGAGCCAAGACCUGAUUCCCAGGGUGUCUCUGUUCCUGUCAAAGAUGAGGACCCUGACCCAGAGCCCGGCGCCGAGCUCCACACACCAUGAGGAGGAUGCGGGAGCCAUCCGCACACGGGCCACUGAGCUGCUGACGCUGCUGAAAAUGCCCAGCGUGGCCCAGUUUGUGCUCACGCCCAGCGCGGAGGUGGCCGAGCCCCGCUAUCACCGCGACGCCAACACGGCCCUGCCCCUGGCCUUGCGCACGGUCAGCCGCCUGGUGGAGAAGGAGGCGGGCCUCUUGCCAGGGUGAAGGGAUGGUGACCUGGGGGCACGCCGGCCCGGCUGCAGAUUAAGAGCCUGGCAUUAGGGCCAAGCCGCGGCUGCUGUGACCAGAGGGGAAGUCAGGAGGGGCGUGAGUCCAAGCCCGGGUGCAUCUGGGUCCCUCUGUGCUGGUCAGGGCUGUCCCGUCCUCAGCCUUUGGGUGUUUGUGUGUCUCGUGUGCUGAGCUGUGUGGUGGAACAGGUCCGAUUCGGAGCUCUCGCCCCGUCAGGGGCUGGAUGGGGGCCGCUUGGUCUGUUUCUGGCUGCUCCUUGUUCGGGGGCAGAGAGAUGGAGCAACAAUAAAUGUCUUUCAGAAAGUCCC